GCUCCUGCUCCUGUUCACGGUCCAAGUGGGGACGGCUGCCGGUUUUUCUAACAGAAAUUAUACACGACCAUACGACUGACAUUCUCCCUUUUUCUGCCGCUGUCUCUCGAAAUAGAAACCGUAUUUUGAUUGCGUCAUCAUCAUGUAAUUAGGGAUACGCUGAGAUCAUGAUAGGCAUAGCCUACAAGGAACGACCGGGACCGAGCAAUUGUAGCUGAUCCAGCCACCACAGCGUUUUUGUUGUGGAGCAGUGGUGUGGGGAAUGUGAAUGACAUGGAAAAGGCAGAGAAUGGCUCUUUUCCACCGGCUUUGUCUGUGAACGAAAAGGAGACCAGUAGCACAUCUCUCACCCAGCCACUGUCUGACGGUACCGCCGACGCCGCAGGUCCUCUCUCUAAACAUGUCAACAGGGAUGAAACGUGUUGGACUGACAGCGGGGAGUCGGGUGAAGCAGGAGAGGAUGCCCGUUCCACAGUAGCGUGUGUACGUAUAGGGAGUACGAAAAUGCUCGAUUUAAUUACUGACAGCCCAUCCGGUGGCACUGUAAGCAACUGUGUCAUUCCAGAGCCAGGUAGCGACUCUGCUACAAACGGGUUUACUGGGUCAAUAAUGGUAGGCUCCAAGGCAGGGAGCUGCUCUACUAUCACUGCAGUGAAUCGAGAGGAAAUGGACGGAAAUGCUCUCCGGGGGAUCUCACUGGCUGAGAAGAACAAUGGUUGCCCUGCAGAAAGACGAGAUGCCUGUGUGACAGCAGCUGAGGCAGUACAGUCAUUGGCACACUCCUGGAAUGGACAGCUUGAACAGAGGUGCACUGCAGCCUCCCGGACUGGUCCCGAGGGGCUCUCGAAUGGGGACACAGUCUGUGUUAAACAGAGUCCUGUUAGCAGUGAUGCUGUUAUUAGACCACAUAUUAACCGAAGCACAACCCCUGACAAGGAGGUCAAAAUGGCAAACGGUGGAGUAUUGAUAGGAUACAGCAGCGCCAAGUUACACACAGAGACCGCAGGAGCAAUUCUUUCUGAUGGAGCUGCAACCUGUCUCUCUAACCCACAAUGUGAAAAACUCUCCUCAUCUGCAGUGAGUGCAAGGGAGGGCCAUCACGAAUCCUGCAAUAUCAGAGAGGAACCUGACAGAGCCGGGGCCCAGCCUAGAACACAAGCUAACGUGGCAGGAGAGCUAUCUGAUGGCGCUACUUCCAGUCUCACCUCUCAGGGUUUACCAUCAAGCCCAACACCAACGAAAGACCCCUGCGGUGUCAAACCAGACACCAGGCAGGUAGUAGAACCAUCACCAUCACCAUCUGGUCACCCAGGAGGUGAUCCAUCCUCCAUACCCCAUCCUCAGGCCCACAAGACCACCAGUCUGAGCUAUGACUCCUCCAACAUUCUCAGCCCAGGGGAUGAGGAUGAGGAUGAGGAUGGGGAGACCUUCAUGGAGCUGGGGGCCCAAGGCCCCAGUGACCUCAGGUUCAUGGACAUCAGUCUGAGCUCCGGGAACACCUAUGAGUCUAACAGACGUCAGUCCGCCCCAGGACAUAUAGGACUGAGUGUGGACUCCUCCGAACUGGCCUUACAGUCAAAAAGACCCGGCAUCGCUGAGUAUUUCGGCAGGGGUUUAUUUUCCAAGAAACAUAUAGAGCCGAAGGGUCCGUCCCAGAAUGUCCCUGGGUGGAAGCUGUUUGGAAAGGUCCCUGUCAGAGAGAGCCCUCCCAAGGACUCCAGGACCAUACAGCAGGAGAGUAUUCCUGGUGGUCUCACGUCUGUGUCCGCACCCAAUCUCUUAAGCGAAGGGGAGUACGAGGCCAGGGCGGGCAAGGCUGGGUCUGGGGGAACGUCAGCUGGGACGUCCCCUACUCAGCCUCAACAUGGCCGGAGGAAGAACCUGGACUUUGAGCCACUGUCCACCACAGCUCUUAUACUGGAGGACAGGCCUUCGAACCUUCCUGCCAAGUCUGUGGAGGAGGCCCAGCGUCACCGCCAGGAGUAUGACGAGAUGGUGGCCGAGGCCAAGAAGAGAGAGUUAAAGGAGGCCCAGAGGAAGAGGAAAGAGGUGAAGGAGAGGUUUAAGCAGGAGGACAGCAUCGCCAACGCCAUGGUGGUCUGGAACAACGACAUCCUGCCCAACUGGGACAACAUGCGUAACACUCGGCGGGUGAGAGAGCUGUGGUGGCAGGGCUUGCCCCCCAACGUCAGAGGAAAGGUCUGGAGCCUGGCCAUCGGCAACGAGCUCAACAUCACCCCAGAGCUGUACGACAUCUUCCUCUCCAGAGCCAAGGAGAGAUGGAGGAGUUUCAGUGAGACGGGUUCAGAGACAGAGGCUGACGAUGGGGCAUCGCUGGCAGACAGAGAGUCCAGUCUGGACCUGAUCAAGCUGGACAUAUCCCGCACAUUCCCCCCUCUUUUUAUCUUCCAGAAGGGUGGGCCAUAUCAUGAUCUCCUCCAUAGUGUGCUGGGGGCCUACACCUGUUACAGACCUGACGUGGGAUAUGUCCAGGGCAUGUCCUUCAUAGCUGCAGUAUUAAUCCUCAACCUGGAGGAAGCUGAUGCCUUCAUUGCCUUCGCUAACCUGCUCAACAAGCCCUGCCAGCUGGCCUUCUUCAGAGUGGACCAUGAUCUGAUGCUGAAAUACUUUGCUGCGUUCGAGGUGUUCUUUGAAGAGAACCUCCCAAGACUGUUUAACCACUUCCAGAGCUCCAACCUCACCCCAGAUCUCUAUCUCAUAGACUGGAUCUUCACUCUGUACAGUAAGUCGUUGCCGUUGGACGUGGCAUGUCGUGUGUGGGACGUGUUCUGUCGUGACGGCGAGGAGUUCCUGUUCCGGACGGGCCUAGGGAUCCUGCGUCUCUAUGAGGACGUGCUCCUACAGAUGGAUUUCAUCCACAGCGCACAGUUCCUGACACGCCUCCCAGAGGAUAUAGGCUCUGAUAGGCUGUUCGCCUGCAUCGCAGCCACGCCCAUGCUCAACGGAAACAGGAAAUGGUUCCAGGUUUUUAAUGCAUUGAUAAAGGAGAACAAGGACAUGGACAGGAAUUGCAGCCAAGCACUGAAGAGUUCAUGAUUCAGCCGUGGAACAUUUUAAUGAUCACGUUCCUCUCUUUAAUUGAGAGGCUUUGAUCACAUUAGAGUCAUCAUGGUAAAUGGACUUUAAAGAAUGACGUCAUACUUGAAGAUGGAGGCCUCGGACACCAUUGCCAGUUUGAUUGAAUUGAGAGUAUUUAUGGUAGUAUACCAUGAACAUAUGAUGACAUACUGUAGGUAGAUGUGAUAUAUUGGGUCUGUCUAAUUGCUCCUGUAAGUCGCUCUGGAUAAGAGCGUCUGCUAAAUGACUAAAAUGUAAAUGUAAAUGUCUAGUCCUAUCAGAAAGGUAUGGAGUUUCUUAGAUUGAGUGAGGCCCUUUGUUACACCUGUGGAUUGUAUCUCACUAACAUUACAAGAUAUUUAAUGAAAGUGCACCUCCAAGCAUAGAUAUAUUUAUAUGACUUAAUUCAUCCAAGCCAAUAUUACAACAUAGAAGGAAAAUUAGGAAAUAAUUAAAACAGUGACAGAGCCCUUCCGUUUCUUAAGUGUCUGAAGCUUGACAUCGAAUAGUUUAACUAAACUACCAGUAAUAGGUUUUCAUUAGUGAGCAGUGAGCAAUUGUUUCCGAAAGACUCAUAGGAAUUGCAAUAGAGAAAAUGUGUGACGUGUGGCACUAGCCCAUUAUUAGACUAAAGGAGCCUACUGUUACUCCUUAGUCCAAGGACCUUAAAUGUUCUGUUUAAAGGGCGAAUUGACUCUGGAAGACAAAACAGCCAAAUACUCGGCAUCUAAACAUGAAUCGAUUCUCAAUUGCGGUACGGUUCUAGAAACAUAAAUCCCUCUACUUUCAUAUCACAUCAAAAUAAUUUAACAAAUGCAAAAAACACAC